ACCAAAGUGACGCAUGCGAGCAUAAAGUCGUUUCCGGUCCGCCGGUUGUCACUGAAGCAAAAUGGCGGCUCUCGGACGCAUCUCUCAAGUGUUGCUCAGGUCUGCUCUGUCUCAGACCAGGCGUCAGCUCUCCGCAGAGGCGGCUGCUCAUGGCGCUCAUUCAGCGAAGACAUGGAAGAUCUUGACGUUCGUGGUGGCCCUCCCUGGUGUCGCUGUGUGCAUGUUGAAUACGUGGCUGAAGGAGCAGGCUCACAGCCACGAGCAGCCAGAGUUCGUCGCCUACAGCCACCUCCGCAUCCGCUCCAAGCGUUUCCCGUGGGGAGAUGGCAACAAAACUCUUUUCCACAACUCUCACUUGAACGCACUUCCUGAUGGCUAUGAAGGACACGACUAGAUUCUCCUGCCAGACGUCAGCGCUGGAGGCCACCUUUCAUGUUCAUUUCAGGACCACCCUCUUCAUUCUGCUCAUGUUGUUUACCUCCAUGCUCAGCCCUGAGCACCUCAACAAACACUUCCCAUCUCCUGGACCACAGAGCAACAUGUUCUUAAAACCUGAAUAAAUAUCAAUAUUACCUCUAAAA